CUGUCAUCUGUCUUCUCCUUCUUCUCUGUUUCAUCGUUUUGUACUUUUCUCCAGCUAACCUUAGGCUUUUGGGGGACCAUCUUCUCGUCCAGAACAUGGCUUCCCGGAACGAAAACGAAAGCGACGAGUUUCCCAUGCUUCGUCAAUUUCCAGAAGCAAGAUCUCGUGCUUUACACUCGAGGAAUCGUAGCAUUUCCUUCUCUGAUUCAACUUACUCCAGUAACAGAGUUGAAAACUCAAGUGGCCCUCGUCGAACACAGAGUAGACCAUCUCCUUCCGUGCACAUGAGUGGUCCUCUUUACGAUACUCGUAGACCUGAUCAGUCUUUCUUCCCUCCCUCUCCUGUUCAACCUCCUGCAUCCUCCCUCUCCUCCUCUACCGUUGAUAUUCCUUCCGAAGAAGUUGUUGAAGCCCUCUUGAAAAACGCAAAUCUAUUGAAGUCUGGACAGCUAGGGAUGUGUAACGAUCCUUACUGUACUACUUGUCCUUCUUACUACAACCUCCAAGCUGCUCAGUUUCACACUUACGGAACCCAAGUAAAUGUUACACACAACCGCCAAGCUCUGCAUGAUUAUGAUAGAGGCUGGGCUAAGCUGCUUGCUUCCUAUGUUCGUAGAUGCCUACCUGGAAUCAUAAAUCCUCAUUCCAAAUUCGUUCAAAUGUGGACUCGUUUCUUAGCCUUUUCAUGCUUGCUGUCUAUCUUUAUAGAUCCUGCCUUCGUAUACCUCUUAUUAAUCAGAGAUGACAACAAAUGCACAGAUAUUGAUUGGCCUAAGGCGACAUUAUUUUUGUUUCUGAGAACUAUGUCGGAUUUUGUAUUCUUCAUUAACAUUCUGCUUCAGUUUCGGUUGGCCUAUGUAGCUCCUGAGUCUAGAAUAGUUGGUGCUGGCCAGUUAGUUGAUCAUCCAAGGAAAAUUGCUUGUAAUUACUUGCGAGGCAAGUUUUUUCUUGACGUGGUGAUAGUCUAUCCUGUGCCACAGCUGAUGAUAUUAUCGAUACUACCCAAGUCAGAAUUUGAGGAGAACGCUAUAAUUGGCAUAUUUCUAUUCCAGUACAUUCCAAAGCUAUACAGGCUUCUUCCACUUAUUGCUGGACAAACACCGACCGGGUUCAUCUUUGAGUCAGCUUGGUCUAAUUUUAUAAUUAAUCUUCUCACCUUCAUUCUUGCUGGUCAUGCUGUUGGUUCUUUCUGGUAUCUUGCAGGGCUCCAGAGAGUUAACAAAUGCUUGUUACAAGCUGGGAAUUUUACGAUGGAUGAACGUAGAUAUCUUAUAGACUGUACUUCUGGGGAAAGCUAUCUACGAGCUCUCUGGAGAGAUAGUGAGAGUGUUAAUGCUUGUUUUCAAGACGGUGGAUUUUCAUUUGGGAUCUAUUUGAAUGCAGCCAAUCUUACCACUCAACGUAAUAUCUUCACAAGAUUCAGUUUCUCUCUGUUUUGGGGAUUCCAGCAAAUAAGCACACUUGCUGGAAACCAAACCCCAAGUUACUCAGUAGGGGAGGUUUACUUUACAAUGGGCAUCAUCGGACUAGGGCUUUUGCUUUUUGCGCGGCUUAUCGGUAACAUGCAUAACUUCCUUCAAGCUCUUGAUAGAAGGAGGACGGAAAUGAUGCUGAGACAGCGUGAUGUGGAGCAGUGGAUGAGCCAUAGACUGUUGCCAGACGAUAUAAGGAAGUAUGUUCACUACUUCAUAUAUAUCCUUUUAAACUUUGCUUCUCAUUUGAAUUGGGCUGAACUAACUCAGUGCUUUGUUCAACAAAUGCAGGAGGGUGCGAGAGGCUGAGCGGUUCAAUUGGGCUGCUACUAGAGGAGUUAAAGAGGAGCUGAUUUUUGAGAAUAUGCCUGAUGAUAUUCAGAGAGAUAUAAAACGCCAUCUGUUCAAGUUUCUCAAGAAGGUAAACAAGCAUAAGCACAAUGAAUACAUUUCACUAAAUAUUUUUCUGUGUACUGUAGAAAGAGGUAGUUCUGAACUGUUAUUGGUAUGCAGGUGUGGAUAUUUUCUUUGAUGGAUGAAUUGAUCUUAGAUGCUAUCCGUGAGAGGCUGAAACAAAGGAGGUACAUAAGGAGUAGCACGGUGUUGCGCCGUAAAGGUCUAGUUGAGAAAAUGGUAUUCAUAGUGAGAGGUGAGAUGGAGAGCAUUGGAGAAGACGGUUCUGUUCUGCCAUUGUCAGAAGGAGACGUUUGUGGUGAAGAACUCCUCACUUGGUGCCUCGAACGCUCUUCGGUAGACCCUGGUACGCCUCCUUUUGCUAAUAGCUUUGUGGUCUAUGUGUUUGUAACUCCCUAAGAUUGGAAGUGGAUAUGUUAAUGAAACUUGCAGAUGGGACGAGGAUAAAGAUGCCGACAAAAGGUUUGGUUAGCAACAGAAGUGUUAGGUGUGUGACAAACGUGGAGGCGUUUUCGCUGAGUGUAGCAGAUCUUGAAGAUGUAACGAGCUUGUUCUCUAGAUUCCUAAGGAGCAACCGUGUGCAAGGAGCCAUAAGGUAUGAGUCUCCUUAUUGGAGGCUACGAGCAGCUAUGCAGAUUCAAGUGGCUUGGAGAUACGGAAAGAAACGACUUGAGAGAAAAAAACAGAAUGGUGACACAGAUGAGUGCUGUGCCUGAAGGGUAUCGGUUAAGUUGGUCAUUUCUUCCAGUGAGGAAACAACUUGAUACAUGUGGAAGCAGCUAGUUGGAGAAAAAUAGUUUACAUUGGAUUCAUUAGAAUAGUUGUGUAAAUUCUAAUGUGCAAUGUCUAUGGUGUUCCAAUAACAAACAUCAAUACAGUGUUUAUCAGCACUGAAAUUGAUACUCUCCCAUUUAGUUAAUAUUGGUCAUAA